UUAGGGAUGUCAGCCUAGUAUUCCGGCGUGGUUCGUCGGUAAAUACCAAUUCCGGCUGCCGGGAAACCUGACAAUGAUAUAAAGAAGAGGCAGGGCAUAGCCAAGCCAGGUGGUGAUUCGUUCCUGAUUCAUUGAUGGCAAAGGGCCGGAAACUUGGGACGAGUAGUCGUCAGGAGCGUUUACUGGAGACAUUUGGUUACGGUGGUGGUGGUCAUGGGAACGGGAACGGCACGGAUGUAUCGGAGCUAGUGGAAGAGGAUGUGUGGUCGAUGGUGGAUGAUAUGGAAAACAUGGAUUUGAGCGAUCAUCGUGAUGAUCGAAAUAACACGAGGCACCCAUCACCACCCAUGUCCACCACCGCCAACGGUUGGAGUUCCCAUGGAUCUCGUAAUCGACGGUGGACUGGUAGUGGUGGAAGGGAGGAGCGCGCGGCGAGGGGUGGGCUGUCGAUGGCCUUCGUCGAUGAUUCCGGGAGCGGAAGGGCACAGUCGUCGAGGAGGAUCGUACACCAAUCCCGAGGAGGAGGAAGUCAGGACGGCGUGGCAUCGCAGUGUGGGAAUGGACACCAUAUGGCGACGUCAGCGCCGGUGAACGUGCCGGAUUGGCCCAAGAUUCUGAGGGUUAACUCAGUAGAAUUGAUGCAUGACUCGGAUAACGGGUUUGAUGAUGGUGACUCAGAGAGGGUUCCACCGCACGAGUACUUGGCUCGGGAGUAUCAGAGAACCCGUAAGAUGACCGCCACUUCUGUUCUGGAAGGAGUCGGUCGAACCCUCAAGGGCCGGGAUUUGAGCCGGGUUCGUGAUGCAGUUUGGAGUCAGACCGGGUUCGCUGGUUAAGGAACAAAUUAAUAGUCCUAUUAUAAUUUUUUUCUUGGGCAAUGAUUCGGAUGGGUGAACCAAAAUCACUCUGCAGCGUUUGAGCCUGAGUAGUACCAAGCCUACUUCUCUCUACUCUACAUAGUAUUUGAUCCCUUCUCCUUCUACUCUCUCUCUUGUCUGUCUAAUGGUGGUUGGGCAGUGUUUAGAAACUUGAAAUUGUAUUUAAUCCAUUUGUGUCUGUUAGUGGUAAUGUUAAGAAAUUCUUGUUAAUUGAAUGUAAUCAGAGUUA